CAGCACUUUUAUUACAUCAAACUUCAAAAUUCUAACUUGAAGGCUCAUCAUUCGCAACUGCUAAUGAGUAAACCAUCUUGUGAAACCUAGUAUUGAUAGUACUCAGUAUUUUUCAUUUAUUACUUCAUUUUAUUACUUUUGAACUCAAAUUAAUCUGGUAAUCAUCUCGGAACAUAGAAUAAAUAUAUUAUUCUCUGAUCUAAGUAAAUCAUGAACUGACAUAAACCCGCGCUGCCCGCAUCUGCAACCAGUUUUUAUUUGUUAGACGUUUGAGUUCGAGUGGUUGACGUGUUAAAUGUGAAUAUGUGAAUAUAUUGGAGAUUAAUUGUUAGUUUGUUAAAAUAGUGGGUAAAAUUCAUAUUUUCGAACAUUGAAAUUUGUCAAAAUGUGUGAAUCCUUAGGAAUGUAUAUAACUAAUGUUGAAAAGGAAGGAGCCUUCCUCAAACUUUGGGGACAAAUUGAUAAUAAAGCGGCUUUAGAUGUGGAAUUGGCGCUUUUUAAAGCCUACGCUAUGUAUGAAGAGGGUCAACAUGCCUUGACUCCGGCAAAUAUUCAAAUUGGUGUUUUAUGUUGUGCUAAAUAUAUAGAUGAAAAAUAUUAUAGAGCCAGAAUCACAAAUGAUGAUUCUCGACGUCUAGGUACUGUUGAAGUAAAUUUUAUUGACUUUGGGAAUAGAGAUAUUGUUCCAAUUAGUAACUUACGAUCUAUAGAUUGUUUCAAUGCUACUUUUAUUACCUUACCCCCCUUGGCAUUGCCCUUCAUUUUAUCUGAAGUUAUUUGCACUGGCGUUGAAUGGAAUGACUUUACACUUGAACUCAUAUCCAGGCAAAUCAGAUAUAUGGAAGUGAACUAUACAGUUGCUUCAACACACUUGGGUUACAAAAUCAUAAACAUGUCUCUUGCCGAUAAAGAUUUAGCUUUACAUCUAGUACGCAAUAAUCUGAUGCAGCCAAUUUCACUUGAAACCCAGGAAUCCCUCCUUUCUGCGAUGAUUCCAAGGAACCCUCAACUCAUGCACCCAGUUGAUCAGUCUUUGUUGCAAUACAAAUCAGUGACUUUGGAACCUAAUAGCCGACAUGAAAUUUAUGUAUCUUACAUCACCGAUGGUCCAUGCCACUUCUCAGUGCAGCUCAAAAAAAGUGAAGCCAUUCUGGCUCAAUUGAUGAGGGAAAUCAAUUCUAUUCCAUUGAAGACUUUCGAUGAAUUGCCAAUCCCAGGAACGGUUUGUUUAGCAAAGUGUAUGGAGGACAGUCAUAUAUGUAGAGCGGUGAUCACUAGUGAAGUGGAUAAUCAAUAUAAGCUCUUCUAUGUCGACUUUGGCAACACUGAAGUAGUACCUCCUGAUAAUAUAUACCAGAUGCCAUUUAAAUACAUCAUUCCAAAAAUCAUGGCUAUUCGUUUAUCACUAGACGGUGUGGAUAAAUCCACCGUUACAAUAGAGAUGCAAUGUGCUUUCAAGCAGUUUGUUGAUAAUCGUUUACUCAUGAUGGAAGUUUUUCCAUCCGCUAAAAAGAUGUGUCUACCUAAAUGCAGAAUGUGGGAUCCUGAGACAGACACAGAUGUUAUGGAUGUCUUGAAUAAAGCAGCCCAACUUGCUUAUCCGAAUGUUAUUGCUCUCCAUAGAGGUUAUACCCGCCCUGUUAAAGUUACCUUUGUGCACAGUUGUAACAAGUUCUACAUUCAUUUGAAAAGUAAUGAAGAUGAACUGAAUCAUCUAAUGGCCAACUUACAAAUCUAUUGCAACUCGAGCGAUGCCACAUAUUUAGAAAAUCCUAAGGUUGGUCUUCCUUGUUGUGCUCAAUUUGCCUUCGACGGACAAUGGUAUCGUAGUUCAAUAGUAUCGUUGAAUGAAGAUUCUGCCAAAGUGAAAUAUAUUGAUUAUGGUAAUGAAGAAGACAUACCUGUGCAAUCCCUAAAAACUAUAGAAGGGCAAUUCCUGACAUGCAUGCGACCACAGGCCAUUGAAUGCUGUUUAAAUGGAUAUCAAAAAAUGACUGAAGAUUUAGAUAGAGACAAUAAACUGGAAGAACUUAUAUUGGAUCAGGAGUUCACUAUGAAAGUUAUUGACACAAUUGAUAACAAAUCUCUAGUGGACCUUAUAGACUUAAAUGGUUGUCCUGUAACUACUUUACUCAUGGACGCUAUGGUAAAUCAAACAAAAGUCCAAGUUAUUUCUAAUGGUAAUUUUGAGAAUACUACAAGAAAGUAUGGUACUGAAACGUCUGUCAGAAAUAACGAUAAAUUUCAAGAUGGAGAAUUUUGGUCCCCAAGGGAUAAAUCGCAGAACAGGAUGGAUAAAUCUGAAGGUUGGAGACAAAACUCAAGAAAAUCUCCUGGUUCGAACUCGAAUGAAAAUGCUGAAUCUUGGAGACAAACCAACAACAAAAAUGAUAAAGAAUGGCAUGACAAUACCUCAAAUGAGAGCUUCAAAAGAGGGAGGAAAAACGAUGAUACUAGAAGAAGGUCACCGAAUACAAACCUCCGAUAUGAUGGAAAAUAUAGAAAUAACAGAAAAAAAAUCAGCAGGGGUCCAGACAACAAUUGGAAUGCACCAGAACAAAAUAAAAAUUAUCAAAAUCGAAAUUCUUUUGGGGAAUCUCAAGACAAUAAUUACACCCAAAACAAUCAUUCGGAAUGGAAUGGUAAAGACUCAAACAGAACCCGCAAUAGAAAUCCCAGACAAGACAACGAAGGGUAUGGUAACAAGGAUAACAGCUUUAACAGAAACAAACCUAAAAAUUUCAACGAUAGUUGGAACGCUAAUAAUUCCACCCACAGUCUGGAAGAGAAUGAAGAAUUUCAGGGAGUGAAAAAGAAGUCCAGAAAUUUCAGUGGGAACAAUAGCAAUAAUACAUAUAAAAGUAAAACAGAUGGUGAUGAAUGGGGAAGUAAGAAAAAUACAUUUGAUGGAGACAGUUACACUGAAAAAAAAACAUAUAGAGAAAAAAAUUCAUAUGACUCUGAUGGUUCAUACAGAAAAGGCAAACAGGAUAGAAAUUACGAUGGAAAGACGAAAUAUAAUGAUAGAGGUGAUUAUAAGAAAAAACCAUUCAGAAAAGAUCAUGACUCUCAUAUUAGUGAUUACGAACAGACAGAUGGAAGAAAAUUCAACUCGAAAAGUGAUUCUAAAUGGACUGACAAAAAUACUGUCAAUGCUUCUGUGAAUAGAUCUCAUACAACUUCAACAGCUAUUGAUCCUGCACCUGAAGAUUCUACAUUCCAAACUAUUGAAGUGAUUGGCCAGCAAAAAGUGACUUUAAGCUGGUUUCAUAAUCCCUGCAGCUUUUUCUGCCAACUAAUAGACUCUCAACAAUCCUUCAGUACGCUUAUGGAGGAAAUACAAGAGACUUAUAAGGAUAAAGCUUCUAGCUACCGUGUAGUAGGAUCACCUGCUAUUGCCUUAUUCCCCGAAGAUAAUGUGUUUUACCGAACAAGGAUAUUGAAGUGCCUGGGCAAUCAAUUCAAAGUAUAUUACGUCGAUUUUGGGAACAUCUCCGUUGUUGACAAGGUAUGGCCCAUUGAUAAGAAAUUCAUGGAGUUGCCAAUGCAGGCUAUACCAUGUGGACUCGGUGGAAUUCAGCCUGUCGAAGAUAAAUGGCCAGAUCCAACGGCUUAUACCAAUUAUAUGCAGAAAGAAUAUUUAGAUUGCGAAUUCUUAGGCUUCGAAAUUGACAGGUAUAUGGUCGAUCUUUAUUCUGAUAAUCAAGAGAUUAAGCUGCAGUUGAUCCAAGAUAAUUUAGCCAAAGUCAUAGAACCAGUCAUUCCAUCACUCGAUUUCGAUAUAAACUUUUUGAUAGGACAAACAUUCCGAGCGAUGAUUGAUUAUGUCAAUGAUUUAUCAGACUUCGCCAUCUCACUAAAUUCAGGAAUUCAGUUGAUGUGCGCAGCACACAAUUUAGCUAUGGCAACAGAAAGAUUCGACGAUGAGUUGAUUCAAAAAGUGGGCCAAGUGUUGAUUGUUUAUUGUGACAAUAUAAUUGAAAAUAGAUUGGAAGUGACAUUAUAUGAUCAUGUGGGAAAUAAACUGAAUAUUUUGAACCCUGAUGAAGGUGCAUAUGAAUCUGUUGAAGCAGUAUGCCCGCAUCUUGUGAUCAAACCCACACUUCACGGAUUUGUUAGUCAUGUGGAAGAGAGCACUAUUGUUAUACAGCCUUCAGAAUGCGCCGAUAGCCUUGAAGACAUGUUGAAUGUAAUAUAUGAACAUUACAACAACCUUCCUCAGGAAAGUACUCUCAUACCUGAAGAGGGUUACUUGUAUGCUGUUUGUAGCGGGGACUCUAACUGGUACAGAGGAAGGGUAAUCUCAUUCGAUGAUGAAAAGAUUUCCGUGUUGUAUGUUGAUUAUGGUAAUACGGAAGAUGUUCCUUUCAGCAGCCUCAGAGAACUAGAUUCUAAAUUCUAUUGGUGGGACAUGCUGGCGAUCUUGGUUCACGUAAAUGUACCAACAGCGGAUCUUCUUGAAAAACAAGUGACCGUUCAAGUUUAUUUUGGGGAACUUGGUUUGGAGGGAGAAAUCGUAGAAGUAGUUGACGGUGUAGAACCACAGCAACUAGAAAUCAGCAAUAUCAACCAGGAAUUCAGCAACUCUUGUCAAAUAACAGAUGACAAACCAGCUGGUAAUGAUAAUUCAUUGGAAAUACCCUCAGCCAUUCCCAAUGAAAAUGAGGCAGCGCAAAAUGAUGCUGGAGUGUCACAGGAAGAAAUUCCUUGUGUACAAAAUGAAGUCGCGUUCGAUGGUACAGCAGUUGUUCUUAGUCAUAUAGAUAGUCCUAGUGACUUUUACAUCCAGCUGGCUGAUUCGCAAGACGCCAUCAGUGAGCUCCAAUCGAAACUGCAGGAGCAAAUAGAAGAAAUGCCUGUUUUGGACAACACCUCGGUUGGGGGUCUUUGUGCAGCACCUUAUUCAGUGGAUCAAAUGUGGUACCGUUCCCAAAUUUUGGAUGCAGAUGAAGAUAUAACUACUGUUCGUUUCAUUGACUAUGGAAACACGGACGUAAUAGAUAAUAAGGCCAUUCAGAUAAAAACACUUCCAGCUGAAUUCUUGGCAUUGGAAGAGUAUGCCACAAGAUGUCGCCUAAAAAUCAAGCCUCUCGAAGAGGAAUGGUCUAAGGCGACCACCGAUAGGUUUGAAGAAUUAGCUUAUGCGGAUAACGUCUAUGUACAAUUCAUAAACCAGGACGAAAAGGCGAAUUAUGUCGAACUUUUCAGCGGCGAUCAAAACGUUAAGGAUAUUCUGAUCGCAGAAAACCUCGCCGUUUUAGAUGAGGACCUAGUUCUCGACCCCAAACUCAAAGGUUACAUUAGUCACAUGAAUUCCCCUUCGGAAUUUUGGGUGCAGCUAGAUGGUUGGUGUGCGGAGCUCGAAUGGAUAGCCGAACAGUUGUCGAAUGCUGUUAGUUUUCCGGAUCUCGAAGACUUUACUCCAGGUUCACUGUGCGCUGCGAUGUUCCCCGACGACGAGAUGUGGUACAGGGCCAGAAUUUUGUCGAACACAGUGGCGGGACUCGAAGUCCUCUUUCUCGAUUACGGUAAUUCCUGUGUUUGCGGCAACUUGAAACAAUUGCCCGAACAUCUAGUCAUGGCCCCACCUCUAGCGCUCAAAUGUAGUCUACAGAAACCAGAGGGACUUUUCAAUUGGAGUCCCGAAGCAGCCCAAAAAUUCUCAGAUAUUUCUGCUGACGGUCAAACGGAAUUCACUGUGAAAAAAUUGACCACUGGUGAAACUUCCAUAGUUGAACUUUAUGUGAAUGAUGAGGCUGUUUCGUCAAAGUUACUGCCGACGACUGAUAAUGUGAAUGUCACUGAAAUAGAGUCCAUGAGCAGCUUUUCCGUAUCGAAGGAGGGAGUUGUUUCAAAUGAGAAAUAUAGACUGGAAAAAAUUCCAGGUUAUGAAUAUAACCAAGACGCUUUGGAGAAAUUUGUGGAAAUGAACAAUGAAGGCAAAACAUGCUAUGGAUUGGAACAUUUAACUGACAAUUGGGUUCGUCUCUAUUUGAAUGGAAAUGAUAUUAGAAAGGAAAUCCUCCCUAUUCUCAAAAUUAAAUGUGUCCAAUCUCCAGAAGUAACUCCUGAAGUACUUCAAUCCAACACAAACAUUUCUGAAGAUUCUUCCAACAUUAUUAGUAGUUCAUCACAAGCAAUCUCUGAUGCAGCCUCUGAAGUUCCUGAAGCAACAUGUGAUAAUGAUUCAAAAAAUAAUCAAGAUGUGAUACCACAAGAAGGUUCUUCACCAGAAGAAGAAAUUAGUUCAACAUCACAAAUAGAAGCCUUUGAUAUGUGUAGUACAUUACUGACUGAAACAAUAAAUACAGUUACUGAAGGAGUGUCAUCAGAAGGUAAUGAAUCUGAAAUGACGGAAAGUCCAAAGAAAGCUACAGAACUAUCUAGUAUGCCACUCAUUACUUCAGAUAACGUUAUUGAUAGCACCAUGAAAUGUGAAAAUACAGAAGAAUUAUCACGAGAAAAAGAUAUUUCUUCAAUAGAAAAGGAACUUCCUGAUGCUUCACAUAAAAAGGAAAGUGAUAAUGAUAGAGAUGUUAGUGAGGUUAGUGAUAACGAGAAUACUAAGGGAGGAAUGCCUAGUUCCUGUGAGGAUCCAUUAGAAGAAAACGUCCAUGCAGAAGUUUCUGAUAUUUGCGAACCCCAAAAUUCCGAAGAGGCGUCUAUAGAAGUUUGUGAUAAUUUACAGAAAGAAGAGGGUCCUCAAGAAACACAAGAAGAAUCUGAUGAUGCAUAUAAACAUUCAGAUAUUGGUGUCAUUACCUCGGAAACGAAAGAUGAUAAUCCAGCAGAAAUAUCUGAAGGAUGUCCAAUUGUCCAAGAAAAAGAAAUCGAUGUAGCUCCUAAUAUAGCAUCUUUUGAUAAGUCCCAGAAAGACGAGAGUCAUACCGAUGGAGAUGAAGAUGCUUUUGAAAUCUGUGAUACUGCAAAUGCAGAAAAUGAUACAAAAGAAACACCUAAACGAUGUGAUACUCCCUCAGAAAAAGAUUUUUACGACAAUGGUAAUAAUUCUGACAAAGAGCCAUACUCAGAACAAGUAAUACUCGACAGAUCUAAUGAUGACGUUACUCCCAACAUCACCCUAAAAGAGAAAGAUGAAUCAUCAGAAGAACAUUCUGGAACAAGUGAAAUUCUUCAAGAAACAGAAAUUGGCUUGGUAAUAGCUGAGGCACAAAUAAAUGAAAGUCAUGAUGAUGGAGAUGUGGAAGCAAUUCAAGUCUGUGAUACUCCCAAUACAGGAAAUAAUGAAGAUCCACUGAAAGUUUGUGAUGACUUAGGAAACGAAGCUUGUUCUACUGAUGUUACUAUAGAAGUCAAGAACGAAAUUCUACAAGAAACCAAAGAUUGUGAAAUUUCAAAAGAAGAGAGAAAUGUUCCAACUCAUGGAGGUGAUAUUCUGGACCAAACUUCUGAAAUAUGUGAUGAGGUUAUGACAAGGGAAAUUCUUAAGGAAGACCAUAAGGAAAUACAUACUGAUUCUAAUGAAACAAGAGAAAACAUCCAAAGAGGUUGUGAAGCAGAAAUGCAACUACAAAAUGAAAAAAUUAAUGAAGCAAUACCAGAAGAAGUUUCUAGAGAUUCUGAUAUUCCUAACGAUAUAAUAGUACAACAAGAAGAAUCUCACAAAAUCGCUGAAGAAUCUUCCGACAUGUGUAAUGAUGGAGUGACAAAGAAAAUUGAUAAUGUAGGCCAUGAAGGCAUACCUACAAAUGAUGAUGAAAAUGAAAGGAGAGAAAACAUCCAAGGAGAUUCUGAAGCACAAAAGCAUCCACAACAUGAAGAAAUAAAUGUAACAAUUACAGAAGAAGUUUCUAGAGCUUCUGAUUCCCUUCAUGCAAUAGUGAAAGAAGAAUCUCAGAAAAUUGCUGAAGAAUCUUCUAACAUCUGUGAUAGGCUAGAAAAAGUGGAACCAACCAGUGAUAUAAAAGAUGAAAUUCCCAAUAUUAUUUUAAGAGAAGAAACAAAAACCCAGAAAACCAAUUCUAAAGUUGAAUUCACAGAAACCAUUAUGACAUCUUUUUCGGCACCUACAAUUUCAAAAAAAGAAUCAGAACGCAAGCUUUCACCAACUAAAGUUUCACCGAAAUCGAAAGAAAUUCCGGGAGAACCGGCUAUGGAAGAUUCACCAACAAUUGAAGAGUAGAUGUCCAAAAAGUCAUCUUAGAAUUUUACUAGUUUGUUGUAUGUACUGUUCAGAAAUUUAUUUGAUUUUGUUAAUUUUAGUUCUAAGCAUAAAAUACUUAUUUUUAACUUCAACAUUUUAAAAUAAAAUUUUUUACGCAAA